GCCCAUCAUUGAACAUAUUGCUUUUUGACAAUCAGCUGUGCCUUCAAACUUUAAAGUUAAAUACAAGUUGGAAGGUUUGAGAUUCCUCCAUAGUUCGCUUUUUUUUAACUAUCAAAGUAUUUAAAAAACAAAAACGCCCACAAAAUGCUGGUACUUGUGCUUGGAGAUUUACAUAUCCCCCAUCGCUGUGCUAGCCUACCAGCGAAAUUCAAGAAGUUACUAGUGCCCGGCCGCAUUCACCAUAUAUUGUGCACAGGAAAUCUUUGUACUAAGGAAACGUACGACUACCUUAAGACGUUGGCCAACGAUGUACACAUAGUGCGUGGCGAAUUUGACGAAAAUCUGAGUUAUCCAGAGCAAAAGGUAGUUACAGUUGGACAGUUUCGGAUUGGACUGUCACACGGGCAUCAGGUUGUGCCCCGUGGUGAUCCGGAAGCUCUGGCGCUGAUUCAACGACAGCUGGACGUGGAUAUAUUGAUUUCCGGACACACCUACAAAUUUGAAGCUUAUGAGCAUGGUAAUAAAUUUUAUAUCAAUCCCGGCUCGGCUACUGGUGCGUUUAACCCAGUCGACGUAAAUGUCAUACCAUCCUUUGUUCUGAUGGACAUACAAAGUUCGACUGUUGUAACAUAUGUGUAUCAGCUUAUUGGCGAUGAAGUAAAAGUAGAGCGUAUUGAAUACAAAAAAAUGUAAUCAAGGCCGAUAUAGCCGAUAAUAGAGUUGUAGCUCUGCGGACACUCGCAUCGGAAGUGAUUUACAACCGAUAUACAUAUUUUACUAAUUAUUUAUACGCAUUAUAUAAGUAUGUGCAUAUAUAAAAAGUGUUACAAGUAUAAACAUAAGAAACCAUGCAAGUUUUUCUAUCAAUAUAUUUAAAACAAAAUCUUAAAAUGCGCUUUGUAGGCGUUGUUGUAGUCGCAUAAUUUCGAAUAUUUAUUUUUCCCAAAUAUAUUAUAGCUAUGCAUUCCAUAAAAUCAGCCCGAUCUCUUUGAAGUUUUUCUAUUACUACAACGUUGGAAAUCCAUCUCGAAAAUCUCAAAUAUAAUAAUUUGCAAUUAACUCAAA